AUGUGCAACUGCCAGUCUCCUGAUCACCAAGAUCCAAAAUGUCUGCCCGAGGCAUUUGAUAUACUGACCUCUAUAGGCAGUUACCAGUGUGCGACAAUGAAGUUGUCCAACCUGGGGAUCAAGAUGGCAUAUUACAAUCCAGGAGUGAUGGUGAGUUAUUCAGGCUGUCUUGUAAGGCAUGGAAUCAGGGUUGAUGAAGGCGAUCAGAUAGCAUGGUCCUGGUUCCUCCGAGAUAGCAUUCACAACUACACCUGCACCCCUCGCCCGGAUUAUGCCAGAUACAAUCUGGCUGACCUCGAUGCAUACAAGUUGGCCAAAUACAACCAGGCUGAUUUUGCCGUGUAUGGCAAGCUGUAG